AUGGAAAAAGUACCAUUCGCGGUGCGGUAUGAACCAAACGGAAUCCCGUUCGGCGUUAAUGAACACGCCUGUUUGCUAAUUGCAGACGUGCCCUGCGGACAUGGAGCGAUUGGCACACGUGCGGCCAGACUCGUCGGUGGAGAAAAUGCGAUACCGCGCGAAUUUCCUUGGAUGGUUAGCAUCAGCAGAAAAGGUGGACACUUUUGCGGCGGUACCAUUCUCAACUCAAAAUUCGUCCUAACCGCUGCCCAUUGCUUGUGCUCAUUCACAUCCUUGGUGCCAAUUGGUCAGCUGCGAGUCAGUCUGGGGGAAUACAAUCUGAGGGAACCGGAAGUGCCCCCGUCGUUGGAGGAGAGAGUGACGAACGCUAUUUUACACCCCGGCCACAAAUGCGGAAAAUUCGUAGACGAUAUUGCCCUCCUGGAACUCGCUCGGCCAAUCAGUUGGUCGGAAAGCGUGAAACCCGCCUGUUUACCUGUGGCCACAGGGAAACCAGGACACAGUACCUUCGGCGGGGAACUAGCUAAGGUGGCCGGAUGGGGUUGGCUUGGCGAAAACAGGACCCAACAUAAACGAGCAGACGUGCUGCAGAAAGUGGACGUUCGCGUGAUUGAGAAUCAGGUUUGUCGUGAAUGGUACGCCAGCCAGAACAAGUCGGCACGCGUGGAGCCGAAGCAAAUGUGCGCCGGCCAUGAAGCGGGCGGUCGGGACUCUUGCUGGUCUGACAGCGGCGGACCUUUGAUGAUUGGAAGUCAUCCGGGCGGCAGUAUGAUGGUCGUAGGUGUAAUCUCGUGGGGAAUAGGAUGCGCCCGAGCACGACUUCCUGGUAUAUAUACACGAGUCUCGGAAUACAUACCUUGGAUCACACGAUAUGCGCUUUUUAUACGAUAAAGAAAAUUUCAAAGCUUCGUUAUUCCACCGAUUUAAUUUUCUAUGGAGCUUGAAUAGUUAGAAUGCGGAUCUUUGACAUUUGCAACUUGUAAAAUACAAUAAGAUGUUUAAAUUAACAAACGUUAACCCUCUGUUCGCCGUAACAAGUUUGUUAAUUGAAAAAAAUACAUUUUUUAAAAUUCUCUUUUAUAAUAACGUAUAAAAAUGAAACAUUUUAUAAAGAUCAGCAAUUGAGCUAGUUACGAGUUCAAGAGUAAAUUUAAUAUACUUAAUUUUUUUUUUUUAAAAAAAGUAUAUUAAUCAUCGAGUAAAAUACCAACAAUAUUAAGAGUAUGAUAGUAUAUUCUUAAUGCUCGACAAAGAGUAAUAUUAGAUGGUUAAAUGUAAGAGAAUGUGAUAAUAAGUAAGAUAUCCUGUUAUGUCGUUAUAUAAGUAAUUUAUAACAUUCACCUCUCUG